AUGGCUGGUGAUUUUCUGAACAUCAUCAGUGCCGCUAUGCUACGUUUGGCUCUAUCGUCACUUUCGCCUCAUUGCCUGCCAGUGAACUUUCAACACCUAUCAAGUAAUAAUGUGUCACUAUGGCUCGCAGGCUUCACACUGGAAAUGUUCACUAUAAUUGAUAAAUGGGUAACAGUCCCUGUCAUCACAUUGUUCGUUAUGUUGGUGUCUUCUGAGUUGGGGAUGGCCAGCUUUCUCGUAUACUAUGACAAUUUACACCUUUCGGACAUUGUGGCGGCUUUAUACGAGACUUUAGGGGUUUGUACAGGUGGUACACCUAAGUGGUUCAGUAUUUUUUUCAAUGUUCAAAUCAUUUCAACAUUAUCGCCAGGUUCUUGA